CCUGGUCUCUAUCGCCCUUUGUCCUCCAGCCUCCCCCGGGCUCUGGGCCUGCGGGCCCGGUUGCUAGGCGGAAGCGGGGCGCGGCGGCGUCCGCUGUGGCUGCCGGGGCGUUUGAAAAGCGGCUAAGCAGGCGGCAAAAAGACCCCGCCGCCGCGACCAUGGUUUUCAAGUCGGACCAGCUGCUCAUCGUCGUGUCCAUCCUAGAAGGUCGCCACUUCCCCAAACGUCCAAAGCAUAUGCUUGUGGUGGAAGCCAAGUUUGAUGGAGAGCAGCUGGCUACUGACCCUGUCGUUCAUACUGACCAACCAGAAUUUGCUACUGAGUUAGCCUGGGAAAUUGACAGGAAAGUUCUUCAUCAGCACAGGUUACAGCGCACUCCUAUCAAACUCCAGUGUUUCGCCUUGGAUCCUCUGUCUUCUGCCAAGGAAAGCAUCGGCUACAUUGUUUUGGACCUACGAACCGCUCAAGAAACAAAGCAGGCACCCAAGUGGUACCAGUUGCUGAGUAACAAAUACACCAAGUUCAAGUCUGAGAUACAGAUAAGUAUCACUUUGGAAACAGAUACGAAGGCACAGGUGGAUAGUUUUAAAGCAAAAGGAGCCCCUCCUCGGGAUGGAAAAGUUCCUGCUAGCCUGCAUGGAGUCGACCCGAAGGACAUUGUUGCAGUGUUGAAUGAGGAGGGAGGCUACCAUCAGAUUGGACCAGCAGAGUAUUGUACUGACCCCUUUAUUUUGUCAGUGACCAUAGCAUUUGCCACUCAGUUGGAACAGUUAAUUCCAUGUACCAUGAAGCUUCCAGAAAGACAGCCUGAGUUUUUCUUUUACUAUUCUUUACUGGGAAAUGAUGUUACCAAUGAGCCUUUCAAUGAUUUGAUCAACCCAAACUUUGAGCCCGAGAGAGCAUCUGUUCGCAUACGCAGCAGUGUGGAGGUCCUGCGUGUGUACCUGGCUCUCCAUUCCAAACUGCAGAUUCAUCUCUGCUGUGGAGACCAGUCACUUGGCAGCACAGAAAUACCUUUAAAUGGACUGCUGAAGAAGGGCAGUGCAGAAAUUAACCACCACCCAGUCACAGUCGAGGGGGCUUUUACCCUUGACCCUCCGAACCGAGCCAAGCAGAAACUCGCACCUGUUCCUCUGGAGCUGGCCCCGACUGUGGGAGUAUCAGUGGCCCUGCAGAGAGAAGGCAUCGAUUCCCAGUCUUUAAUUGAAUUAAAGACCCAGAAUGGACAUGAGCCUGAGCAUUCAAAGAAGAGAGUUUUAACCCCCAUAAAGGAGAAGACACUCACUGGGCCAAAAUCUCCAAGUGUGUCGCCUGUCCCACCUCAAAACCAGACACCUCCGACCAAAGACGAUGCAACAGAAAGUGAAGUGGAGAGCCUUCAGUUCGAUAAGGAGCCAAGACGGAAUGUGGGAGGCAUUAGUUCCAUCCCUGCUUCACUGGCCCAGCCGGUGGCAACCUCCAAUGCAUCAGAAAUGGUGACAUCAGGACAGAAGAUUGCUGUUCCAGCAACAUCACAUCACUUCUGCUUUUCAAUAGACUUAAGAAGCAUCCAUGGCUUGGAACUUAGCUUUCCAGUCAACUGCAUAUUGAGGUACUCCUACCCAUUCUUUGGCAGUGCGGCUCCUAUUAUGACUAACCCUCCUGUAGAAGUUCGGAAAAACAUGGAAGUUUUUCUUCCCCAGUCUUACUGUGCAUUUGAUUUUGCAACUAUGCCUCACCAGCUGCAAGACACCUUCCUGCGGAUCCCACUGCUGGUUGAACUAUGGCACAAGGAUAAAAUGAGUAAGGACCUACUCCUUGGGAUUGCAAGAGUCCAACUUUCUAACAUCUUUUCUGCAGAAAAGACCCGGUUUCUGGGUGCUAAUGGUGAGCAGUGCUGGCGGCAGACUUACAGCGAGAGUGUGCCUGUUAUGGCAGCACAGGGAUCAAAUAACAGGAUAGUGGAUCUUUCUUACACGGUGACUCUGGAAGACUAUGGACUAGUGAAAAUGCGUGAGAUCUUUGUAUCUGAUUCGUCUCAGGGUUUGUCUGCUGUGCAGCAGAAGCUGUCCUCUCCUCCUCCAGCUCCGUGUCCUUCUGAGAUCCAGAUGGAGCCUCGAGAGACCUUAGAGUACAAGGCUGCGCUUGAGCUAGAGAUGUGGAAAGAGAUGCAGGAAGACAUAUUUGAAAGUCAGCUAAAGCAGAAAGAACUGGCUCACAUGCAAGCUCUUGCAGAAGAAUGGAGAAAAAGGGACCGGGAAAGAGAGUCACUAGUGAAGAAAAAGGUAGCUGAAUACAGUAUUCUAGAAGGCAAACUUCAAAAAGCCCUCACUGAGCUUGAGAACCGAGAGCAGCAGCUUGCCAGUGCGGAAGUGGAGCUUCAGAGAGAGAGAAAGGAACUGCAGUCAGAGCGGGAGCGGAACCUUCAGGAACUUCAGGACUCUGUCCGCAGGGCCAAAGACGACUGUGUUCACCAAGUGGAGCUGGAGAGGCGGAAGCUGAAGCAGCUGGAAGAGGACAAGCACCGGCUUCAGCAGCAGCUUAAUGAUGCUGAGAAAAAGUAUAAGAUUUUGGAAAAAGAAUUCCACCAGUUAAAGGAUCAACAAAGCAACAAACCAGAGAUACGGUUGCAGUCGGACAUAAAUCUCCUCACCCUGGAAAAGGUACCUAUGUCAGCUCCUGUCAGCAUAACUAGCUCCAGUGAUCAACUCAAAGUCACUACUAAUUUGAGUGUCUACAUUGCUGUGCCACUCUGCAGAGAACGCAAGGUUGAACUUGAAAGAAAGUUGGAAUCUGCAACCAAGUCUAAACUGCAUUACAAGCAGCAGUGGGGACGAGCUUUGAAAGAACUUGCCAGACUCAAGCAGAGGGAGCAAGAAAGUCAAAUGGCUCGCCUUAAAAAACAGCAAGAGGAGUUGGAGCAGAUGCGGCUGCGUUACCUGGCUGCUGAGGAGAAAGAGACGGUGAAAACUGAGCAACAGGAACUGCUGGACAUACGGAACGAACUGAACAGGUUAAGGCAGCAAGAACAGAAACAGUACCAGGACUGCAGAGAGAUUGCAAGUGGGAAGGCGGGCAGCCCGCAGGGCUCUACGCUGGAAGAAGGCCUGGACGACUAUUUGACACGGCUGAUAGAAGAAAGAGACACUCUGAUGAGAACCGGUGUCUAUAACCACGAAGACCGGAUAAUAAGUGAACUGGAUCGGCAGAUCAGAGAAGCUUUGGCCAAAAACAUUGCCAGCAAUCAAUGACAUUUGGGAAAUCUUUGCAGAUACUCUAGGUGGGAUUUUAAUUUUUAUGUAAAAUCGUCAAAAGCAAGGAAAAUUACUAUUUUGGAAUGCUCUUUUUAAUUUUUUUAUAAGCUGAAUUUUAUAUGUUACUGUGUAUAUAGUAUUUAUUUGAUUUUACUUACGCUACCUCUCCUAGGCUGAUUUCAUUUGUAACUAUAUUUUAUUUGCUCACUUAAAAUGACUUUUCAGUGUUCUUCAGUUUAAUAUAAAAAGAGCUUUUCAAAACUUGUUCUGGGAGAACUGGCUACAGUAAUUUCCAGCUACAUAAUUUUUCAUGUUGAGCCAAGAGAGUAUGUGUUGCACUUUAAAAAUGCUGUGUCCUCUUCCCUUCGAUUGUAGAUAUCUUCAAAUUGAAGCCAAUUAUAAAUGUAGCCAUUUUAAAAACUCAUUUUAUCUGACCAUUCUUUUACCUUCACUGUGGUAUUUGCAGUCUCAGGCAGAGAAGCCCUUUGUAUGGCAUAUUGGGUGGCAAAUUAGCCGUUUGUUUAAAUACAUUCCAUUCAGAUUAAAUAUAAGAACAAUUCAGUACCAAAUUUCAUCGUAUUCCACUUUAAGAAUAUAGGAUAAUAGCUUGAUCCGGUCUUCUCUUACGGUCUCCCGCUCAAGACCAUAAAAGGUUUGUUGUUGGUAAAAUUAUAGGUUGCCUUUAUUUCUCAGUGAUAGCAACACUAAGCCAUUACAGCUUCAUGAAUAGAAUAUGGAAACAGAUACCUAAUGGCAUUAACUGAAAAAAGUGAAGCUGAACUACUGUUUUUCUACUCCCUCUCCAUGAGUCUGUUUUCAAAGAGCGAGAGUUGAGGCAGCGCCAUGUCCUGCCAGCCUCCGAGUGCCUUUAUAUGGUGUUCUCCAGAGCCAGCCAUCCUCAUGACGGCUAUACCACCACCUCCACAUGACCUGAACUGGUUAAUCAGCAAACUCCCAGUUUGGGUUGGGUCUUAAAAUACAUAGAGUUCAAAAAUUCUGAUUCCCAAACACAACAAAUUGAAGUGUAUACUUUAGGGAGUAUGUACUAAAUAUAACUUCAACAGAAGCAAAGUAGGUUAUGUGGUAAUGUUCAUGAAAUAUAUUUCUUGUUUGUGAAAUUGAAACCCCUAUAGGCAUCAUAUGCUUCUUUAAUUAACAAAGUCUUAGUCUUUGAAAGCAACCCAGCAGUAAAUAACAGAAGGUACUGGAUGUGAGGGUGAUGACACAGGUAAUCAUAGCGGGGAUUUGAAAUAUUAAUUAAGGCUACAUGUCCCUGAUAUUUUGGUGACACGUGAAUGGAACAAAAGUAUUUUUGUUUUGGAAGAAGAUACUGGCCCAACACUGGUUCCUCCACCUGUGAGGCCUGGAGCUUUCCAAACACUAGAGGGGGCCUUAGAGUAAACAGAAAAGGACUUUAAAAUCUAUGUGUGCUUUGCCUUCUAGAAAACCAUAUUUGAGCUGCUGUAACUUGACAAAUAAAACCCUAACUGUGUGCA